AUGAUACAUUCUAUGUACGUACGUAUACACUCCAUAACCAAAGAAUGCAAAAGGUCUGCCCCCCCAUCUAUGACUAUUUUGAGGAAGAGACCGCUAGUGAAGACGGAAUCGAAGUGUUCCCACACCACCAGUGCGAAAAAGACCAAGAUCAAGCAGGAAGAGGUCGUGCCCCAACCCGUGGAUAUUGACUGGGUCAAAUCGUUGCCGAAUAAGCAAUUCUUCGAAUGGAUCGUGGCCAGGAACGGGAAUGUCCCUAACAGGUGGGCCAAACCACUGGAUGCUUCAAUCCUCUUCACCCCCGCCUUGACAAAGGUCCCAGACAAGUUUCCGGAAACGUACGCUAGGAUGCGAGUGUUGAGGUCCCGGAUUCUAGCACCUGUUGAUAUCGUCGGUGGCUCGUCCAUCCCAGUAACCGUUGCCUUGAAAUGCGGUAUCUCGAAAGACCAGAUAUCACCCAGGGAUUAUAGGCUGCAAGUGCUGCUUGGCGUGAUGCUAUCGUCGCAGACAAAGGAUGAAGUCACCGCUAUGGCAAUGUAUAACAUCGCACAAUAUUGCAUGGACGAACUGCAUUGCAGACAGGGUAUCACAUUAGAGGCCAUUCUGCGAAUUGAGGAGACCAAACUAGACGAGCUGAUUCAUUCUGUCGGGUUCCACACAAGAAAGGCCAAGUAUAUCUUGUCCACGUGCCAAAUCCUGCAAGACCAGCAUCUGGGUGAUGUGCCGGCUACGAUAGACGAACUGUUGGCCCUGCCCGGUGUGGGGCCCAAAAUGGCUUAUUUGACGUUACAAAAGGCAUGGGGCAAAAUUGAAGGUAUAUGCGUUGACGUACAUGUAGAUAGAUUGACCAAGAUUUGGAAAUGGGUGGACCCACAAAAAUGCAAGACCCCGGACCAAACAAGAAUUCAAUUGCAAAACUGGCUACCUAGAGGACUCUGGACAGAAAUCAAUGGGUUGCUUGUUGGGUUUGGACAAAUAAUCACCAAGUCGAGAAACGUGAGAGAUUUGUUGAAAUUCCUGCCACCAGAGGACCCUAGAAAUUCCCUAGAUUGGGACUUACAGUCUCAGUUAUAUAAGGAGAUCCAGCAUAACAUCAUGAGUUAUCCUAAAUGGGUCAAAUUCUUAGAGGAGAGCCCCGAAUUAAACGCAGAUGCUGCUUCUUUGGACGAAGUUGAUGUUAAACAAGAGGACAACCCAAGUGAACAAGAUGAUAUUCGUGUUAAAGUAGAAGACUGA